AAGCCAAUGUCAGUAGGUCAACAUAUGUUGGACAAAGGAGCAGCUAUGCUUCAAUCUUUGAAACCUAUUAAAAUGAUGCAGCAACACGUAUGUACCUUUGCUCUUUAUAGUCACGACAUGAGUCGUCAGAUCGAAACUCAUCACUUCGUCACUCGUAUCAACCAAGACUUCCUUCAGUGUGCUGUUUAUGAUUCUGAUUCUUCCUCCGCUCGCCUUGUUGGAGUCGAAUACAUAGUAUCAGAUCGGAUUUUUGAAACUUUGCCAGCGGAGGAACAGAAACUGUGGCACUCUCACGCAUAUGAGAUUAAAUCUGGCUUAUGGAUGAGUCCAAGAGUUCCAGGAAUGAUACAAUCGAGAGAACAUGAAAAUCUAACAAAAACUUAUGGUAAAUUUUGGUGCACUUGGCAAGUAGACAGAGGUGAUGUACUUCCGUUGGGUGCACCAUCCUUGAUGAUGUCUCCACAAGGAGAGCCCACGGGAAUGGUGAAGCCAGAGUUGGUGCAGAAAAGAGAUGAGAAGUACAACAUUUCAAGUGAAGAUCUGAAGAAAUUGAGGUUGGAGAUUGCGGAACCAGAAUGGAUCAACCCCAAUGCGGAUAUAUGGAGAAAGACUGGGAAAGGAUUUGCUGUUGAUAUUGAAAAGACCGAAAUGAAAUGCACCGUGCCAUUCCCAUGAUGAAUGACUAGGUGAAAGGCAUGAAUGCUGAUCAACAAGUAAAAUGUAAACAUGUGUAUGUUCAUGUGGAUGUGGCAGUUGUGUUUAGCAGUGUAUUGUGUUGUGUGUGUAUGCUCGAGUGGU